AUGAGCAUUUCUCUUCUGCACUGGCUGGAAAGCCUGGAGCUUUCCAAGCCCAUCGUUUGCGUGGAAACGGACUUCUCCGACGGCUUCCUCUUCGCGGAAGUGCUGCUGCGGCUGUCGCUGCUGCGGGACCUGCGGGGCUUCGCGGGCUGCGGCGGCGCGGCCGCGCAGGCGCAGAACUUCGCGGCUUUGCGGCCAGCUUUGGAGACAGUCGGAAUUCGGCUAAGUGCAGCUUCCGUGCAGAACAUAGUCAGCAGCAAGUCGGGCGCAGCAGCGCGGCUGCUGCAGCGGAUUCGCGCUGCUGCUGAGCAGCAGCAGCAGCAGCAGCAGCAGCAGCAGCAGCAAGGGGCCUCAGCAGCCCCCCCCGCGGCUCAGUCUCAAAAACCGCAAAAAGAAAAAACUGAAAAGUCCCCGAAAGGCCCAACUCGGAAAGCUGCGCCGCCGGGCGCUUCGGGUGUAUCUCCACCUCGCGCCGCGCCCGCGGGCCCCGCCCUUUCCUUCACUUCUUCUUUUCCUCACAAAACAAAAACUUCUUCAAGUCCCGCCGCCAGGGCCCAACUCUUCGACUCCAUUCAACAGUUCGAACUCAGCCUCCAGCGCCAGGGCCUCGCCAGCCCCCCGGGGGCCCCCCUGCCCCCCUCGGGGGGCCCCUCUUCCCCCCGCUCGCCCCGGCCUGCAGAGGGCCCCCGCGCCUCGGGGGCCCCGGGGGCCCCGGGGGCCCCCGUGGCUCCGGGGGGCCCCCCGGGGGGGCCCCCGGGGGGGCCCCCCGGGGGCCCCCCGGGGGCGGGGGGCCCCGCAGGGGGGCCCCCCGGGGGCCCCUCUGUGGGGGGCGAGCGGGACGUGGAAGAAGUGCUGCAGCAAAUGUGGCUGCGGCUGCCUUCGGCGCAGAGCCAAGCGGAGUUCAAUGCGCAGCUGCUGCAGCAGCUGCAUGCAGCAAAAGAAGCUCAAGAAGCAGAAAGCUGCGAAAGGGCCCGGAGGCGGCAGCAGCUGCUGAUGCAGCAGGCGCAGCAGUGCAGGGAGCUCCUCUCUGCCCACGUCGCUGCUGCUGCUGCUGCGCCCGCUGCUGCUGCCAGCAGCAGCAGCAGCAGCAGCAGCAGCAGCAGCAGCAGCAGCAGCAGCAGCAGCAGCAGCAGCAGCACAGCCGGGCGGCGGUCAGUGGAGGGGGCGAAGCUGGCUGCUGCAGUGGCGCGCGCGCGGCAGUACGAGGGAGUGGUGCGGAGGAACUUGGAGGUGCGGGAGGAGCUGCUGCAGCAGCAGCAGCAGCAGCAGGCGCUGCAGCAGCAGCGGCACUUGGCGCUGCAGCAGCAGCAGCAGGCGCUGCUGACGGCCGCAGCAGCGGAGGAACAGGCCCGCCUGUGCCGCGGUGUACGUACAGUCCGCAAGGCCCUCAAGCGCUCCCGACUUAUUAGUGAUUGCGAACUUCUUUCAAAAGAUUUAAUUGAAGUGGCAAUGGCAGCAGCAGACUUCAAAGAAAGCCACAACACCUCCAGCCUGCCUUCCCGCCUGCUGCGCUGCUGGCUCUCCGACUUCGUCGCGGGCGAGCAGCAGCAGCAGCAGCAGCAGCAGCAGCAGCAGCAGCAGCAGCAGCAGCAGCAGCAGCCAGCAGCAGCGGCGGCGGGGCGCGCGCGGCUGCUGGUGCGGCUGCCCGUGGCGCCGCCAGGUGUACGUACACCCCAGCUGCAAAUGAGGCCCCCCCUCUCUCCACUUUCCAUUUCUUUCAUUAAUCAAAUUAAAGACUUUUUAAACGCCAGGGGCCCCUGGGGGCCCCUCAGCUUCCCCCAGGUCUUCCCCUGGCUGCCCCCCGCGCCCUCCAUGCAGGACUUUGCUGCUGCGCUGCGCAGCAGCAGCAGCAGCAGCAGCAGCAGCAGCAGCAGCAGUAGUAAUAAUAAUAGUAGCAGUAAUAACAGUGGUGUUAAUGGCAUUAAUGGCAUUAAUGGCAUUAAUGGCAUUAAUGGCAUUAGUGAUGGUAGCGGCUCUGCUAAUAGGGACGCGCAGGGCGGGGGCGCUGCGGAGCAGGCAGCAGCAGCAGCAGCAGCAGCAGCAGCUGCUGCUGCUGCUGCUGCUGCAAACGCAGAAAGCCCAGCAGCAGCAGCAGCAGCAGCAGCAGCAGCGGCAACAGCAGCUGCUGUUCAGGGCAGCGUGUCUGCUGCUGCUCCCACAACCAGCUCGGAUGAUGCUGCUGCUGCGGCAGACGCCGAUGCAGCACCUGCUGCUGCUGCUGCUGCUGCUGCUGCUGCUGCUGCGCCGGUGGAAGCGCCGCAGCUGGAGUCUGUUGGCGAAUUGGUUAGUUUGCUGCUGGACGCAGCAGAAGCAGCAGCAGCAGCUUCUGCGCCCCCCCGUCGUGCUGCUGCUGCUGCUGCUGCUGCUCUCCGCAUUAUAAUUACAGGCAAACCCAACAGCGGGCAGCUAGCGCUAGCUAGCCAGCUAGCCAGCAGGUACAAACUCGAAGUAGUAACUCUAGAGCGAACAGUUCAGGAAGCAAUGGAAGCAGCAGCAGCAGCAGCAGGAAGCGAGUUGUCUCAGGUGGAGUUGGGGCGCGUUGCUGCGAACUGUUUGACCAAAGGAAAAGAACUGCCGGACGAAGUUUCAGUUUUGCUGCUUGCGGAAAAACUGAAUCGGCUGUUUGCUGCUGCGGAGUGUACGUACACCCCGGAGGAGCAGCUGCGGCGGCUGUGUUCCUCCGCCUUCGAAGAGCCCCCGGGGGACAGCAGCAAAGCAAACAGCAGCAGCAGCAGCAGCAGCAGCAGCAGCAGCAGCAAGGGCGCGGGGAAGCGCGGCAGAGGCAAGGCAGCAGCAGCAGCAGCAGCAGCGUCGGGGUCGGACAGCAGCAGCAGCAGCAAAGGCGGGAGCAGCAGCAGCUCGGGUGUAUCGACAGCUGCGGAGGCGCCGCGCUGCGGCUGGAUCCUCCUCGGCUUCCCCACUACUAUUAAUCAGUAUAUUUAUUUGGAAAAAGUAAUAUCUGGAUUUAUUUUGAAAGAAUUGAAGCCUCCGAGCGACGGCGAGAUCAUCAAGGAGAAGAGCGGCCUCGUGGUGCCCAUGCCGCAGGCCGACAGCAGCAGCAAGGGUUUGCAAGAAGGAUGUGCGGACGUGCACUUGCUGCUGGACCCUAGCAGCGAGUUUUUGCUGAAAGGAUUUAUUGAAAAAGAAAAAGAAAAAAAAACAAAAAACAAAAAUGAAAAUGCAGACAAACUCGCAGAGGCAGCCCCCACUUUGUCUCUUCUGGAUUUGUCUUUUGCCUUCGAAGCGCACCAAGAAUUCGUAGAAGAGUUCCUUACGAACUUUGGCAUUCAAGAGGAGCCCCGCCUGCUCAAGCUCAGCAGCACAGACACAAACGAAACGUUAGCAGCUGCCACACAAAAAAUAGACCGUAUUUUAGCUUUAAAGGUGGAAGCACUGAAGGCGAAGGAAAAGAAAGCAGCAGCAGCAAACCCGACGGAAACAGCAGCAGCAGCAGCAGCAGCAGGCUCUGGCACUGCAAGUGCUGGUGCAGCAGCAGCAGCACCAGCAGCAGAGGGAGAAGAAGCGGCUGGAGAGAAGGAGCAGCAAAAACUUGAAGACGAAUCGAGCAGCAACGCAAACCACUCCUUCAGGACUCUGUGGAGCCAGCGGCUGGAACAAAUGGAAGAAGAAACAAAAGUGUUUUUGAAAGAACAAUGGUUGGAUUUGACGGAGGGCUUUUUGACUUCGGUGGCCCAGGAGGAGCUGCAUUUGCGCGUGGACGAGUUGAUAGACUCUCUUUACUGCCAAGAAGAGGCGGAGCGGCAGAAAGCAGAAAAAGAAAUAAAAAGAAUAAAUGAAUUAAAUGUCAUUUCUUCUUUUGCGGAACUUUUGGGCGCGCAAGUCGCCAUGGCCGUGGAGGCCGAGAUCGCCAGGUGUCUGUACACCCCAAACCACUGCGAGAAUAGUGACUGCGAAGGCCUCCAGGUGGCGCUUCACGAGGGGCAGUUUGGAAGACAGCGCAGCCAAACGUGGCGCGCGCAGCAGCAGCAGCAGCAGCAAAACUGGAUUGCUGCAGCAGCACUGGCCCGCCAGGAAGCAAUUGGCCUCUUGGCCAUUUACCUCAAGCAGCAAAUUGAAUUGGAAAAAGAUAUCAAUGUAGACAUUCAAAUCAACGGGCUUCAACUGAUAAUCGGGGGCGAAGUUAAAGUUAAGGGAAAUGAGCUCGAGGCUGCAGCAGCAGCAGCAGCAGCGCCAGCAGCAACAGCACCAACUGCAGCAGCAGCAGCAGCACCGCCUGACGCGAUAGCAGCAGCAGCAGCAGCAGCAGCACCAGCAGCAGCAGCAGCAGCAGCAGCAGCAGCAGCAGCAGGAAACCACCGCCUCGCUAAUUGGCUGAAUUUCAUUCGCCAAUUAAUUUCCGAUUUCAAAGUGGCAGCAACAAAUGGCUACCAAAUGCCAACCAUUUGCCUAGAGAUGAAAGCUGCUGCUGUUUUGUUUCCUUCUUUUUAUUUUGCUUCUUCUGUUUGUCUUUUGGACAUUAAAAUAACUUUAAAUGAAUUAAUAGAAAUGGCAGCUACGAGGUGGCUUGCUGCUGCUGCUGCUGCCGACCCCAGCACGCAGCAGCAGCAGCAGCAGCAGCAGCAGCAGCAGCAGCAGCAGCACCUGCUGCAGCUGCAGCUGCUCUUCGAAGUCCUUUACGCCUUCGAAGAAGCAGUGCCUUCCGCGCAGCAGCAGCAGCAAACCCUUGCUGCUGUUCUUCCAGCAGCAGCAGCAGCAGCAGCAGCAGCAGGAACAACGGCAGCAGCAGCAGCAGCAGCAGCAGGAGAAGAAGAACAAAGUGACGCUGCAACGAAAGAAGAGAACAACCAAGAGACAGAUGUUCCGCGCGUGUCUCUGCGGAAGUUUCUGAGUUACAUUUUGCUGUCUUCGGAGCCGAGCCAAACCCUAAAGGGAAUUCUGACCUUUUUAGCUGCUCAAGACCCCUGCAGCAGCAGCAGCAGCAGCAGCAGCAGCAGCAGCAGCAGCAGCAGCAGCAGCAGCAGCGGGGAGUCUGAGUGUCUGGUUGCUGCAGCAGCAGACGUGUAUGCGGUUUGCUGCGGCCUCGGCUUCAGGGGGCCCCAGUGGGGAGACUCCCCGCUGCUGCUGCUGCCAUUUGAGGAGUUUGUUGCUGCUGCAGCAGAAGAGCAGCUGCUGCUGCAGCAGCAGCAGCAGCCAGAGCAGCAGCAGCAGCAGCCGCAGCACCAGCAACCGCAGCAGCAGCAGCAGCGGCAGCAACAGCAACAGCAGCAACAGCAGCAGCAGCAGCAGCAGCAGCAGCAGCAGCAACAGCAGCAGCAGCAGCAGCAGCAGCAGCAGCAGCAGCAGCAGCAGAUCGUGCUGCAGCGAUUCUUCAGCAGCAAAUUGUUUGAACGCGCUCUCUUUUGCUGCGGGUGUCUGUACACCCGAAACCCUUUGGCGGAGGCCCUCGCCCGGCUGUCUUUUGACCUCGAGGGAAUUUAA